AUGGAAAAACAUCUUGUAAUGUAUUUAACCAGAAAAUCGAUUAUGCUCCUGCGGAAGUAUCUACUCGUAACGGAAUUUCAGGUGUCAAAGUGCGGAUCUCAUAUAGUCAAAAUAAGAAGGGACGUGCUAUAUCCGAAACGUACGAAAUAUAGUAAAUAUAGUAAAUGCAGAUGUAGUAGGGGUCGCGAACCGGAUGGUACACAACUUGGUUUUGGAAGAUAUGGCACCAAAAGUAGUAGAGCUGGUCGUCUUUCAUAUCGAGCCAUUGAAGCAGCGCGUCGGGCUACAAUCGGACAAUUCCAUCGUGCUAUGAGCGGACAAUUCCGAAGAAAUUGUAAGAUAUGGGUAAGAGUUCUCGCAGAUCUUCCUAUUACGGGGAAACCCGCAGAAGUUCGAAUGGGAAGAGGAAAAGGAAAUCCUACGGGUUGGAUUGCUCGUGUGUCCACGGGACAAAUCCCAUUUGAAAUGGAUGGUGUGAGUUUGUCAAAUGCUCGACAAGCCGCUAGAUUAGCGGCGCAUAAACCAUGUUCGUCAACCAAGUUUGUUCAGUGGUCGUAA